GUUGUUUUUUUAGUUUUCAGGCGGUACAGCAAACAGAGCACAUGCACUGUCCUUCUUCCAUACAUCAUUUCCAUCUCCAUACCUAAACACACACGCCACCUUCAACCCAUCACAAUGAAGAUAAUGGUAGCCGUCAAGCGAGUGGUCGAUUACGCCGUCAAAAUCAGGGUCAAGCCCGACAAGACGGGGGUGGUGACCCAGAACGUGAAAAUGUCGAUGAACCCCUUCUGCGAGAUCGCCCUGGAGGAGGCCCUUCGCAUCAGAGAGUCUGGCUUGGCCUCCGAAGUUGUCGCUGUCAGCAUCGGACCCUCUCAAUGCGUAGAUACUCUCCGAACGGGUCUUGCCAUGGGAGCCAACAGAGGCAUCCACGUCGAGUCCACUGCUUCCCUGUUCCCUCUUUCGGUUGCCAAAAUCUUCAGAAAGCUCGUGGAGAUUGAGAAACCCGAUCUUCUCAUCCUUGGCAAGCAGGCUAUUGAUGAUGAUUGCAAUCAGACAGGGCAGAUGGUAGCAGGACUCCUCAACUGGCCUCAAGGGACUUUUGCUUCAAAGGUUGUUCUUGAUAAAGAGAAACGGGUUGCCACAGUGGACAGAGAGGUUGAUGAUGGUAUAGAAACUGUGCGUCUGAACUUACCAGCAGUAAUAACCACCGAUCUGAGAUUGAAUCAACCAAGGUAUGCGACUCUUCCAAACAUAAUGAAAGCAAAGUCGAAACCCAUAAAAAAGUUCACUCCGGAGGAGUUGAAUGUGGAAAUCAAAUCUGAUUUGGAGAUAGUUGAAGUCACAGAACCUCCCAAGAGAAAAGCAGGGGUUAUUCUUUCAUCUGUGGAUGAGCUGAUCGACAAACUAAAAAAUGAGGCUAAUGUCAUUUGAUUAUUCUCUCUUUACCCCAGUUACUUCUCAAGAAAAGAUGAAUAAUCAUGAUCCGACAUUCUUUUACAUUUGAUCAAUUAACACGAUAAAUUAAAUGGUGUUCCUUUUUA